GCCGCAAUAAUUCAAAAUGGCGGUGUGUGUGGCUGUGAUAGGAAAAGAGAAUUAUCCACUUUUUCUUCGCACUGUUUGUCCAGAGGAAGAGCUUAAGUUUCAUUACACUGUGCAUACAUCACUAGAUGUUGUUGAAGAGAAAGUUUCAUCACUGACAAAGAGCUCCAAUGAUCCAAGAGAGCUUUACUUAGGUUUACUUUAUCCAACUGAAGACUAUAAAGUUUAUGGAUAUGUAACAAAUACAAAAGUCAAGUUUGUUGUUGUUGUAGAAACAGCGAAUACAUCUCUUAGAGACAAUGAAAUAAGAACUAUGUUCAGGAAACUUCACGUGGCAUACACAGACAUGUUUUGUAAUCCUUUUUACAAUCCUGGAGAAAACAUUACAUCAAGAGGUUUUGAAAGAACAGUUACUGGAAUGAUGAAGCAAGAUUAUUAAAUAACCAUUUACACACUGUAAUAAACAGAUAAAGUUUUUGUAAAUAUGGCCAGCAAUUUUGAGCAUUCCUGUUCAUUUUUCUGUCUUU